GUGGCCUUUUCUCGUGAGCUUAGCGACUCAGCGGUUCGUGUUUUUUUUAAGUUUCGUUCAUUUCAAAAUUAAACGGUUACUUGUUUUGCUUGUAAAAGGCAUUUUAUCUCUUCUUGCGAUAAUUGAUUUUACCUUCCAUAUGUCAUAUUUUAGAAGCCGCAUUUUCAGAAGUAUCUGCUCAAGUCUAAUCUCAUCUAAUCCAUCAAAUAAUUGAUCUGCCAAAUGUCUGCUUAGCUGUUUGAACAAUUCUUUUCCCUCUUCCUUUGGAACAAAAAAAGUUACACUCCAAUAUCUCCCGUACCACGAAGUUUUUUUACCCCCAUUGAAACAUUCAAAUUGGGUGAAUUUUUUUGAAUUAUUUGAUUCUAAUCCAUGCGAUUUUCAGGAGGCUAGACAAAAAUACGCUUUUUAGUGACUAUGCGAGCUCCUCUGAAAAAAGUUUUCACAUUUAUUGCUUUAAUCUUGUCUAUACUUAUUUGAACCUAACUUUUCCCAAUCGACAAUUGUUGGAUAAAUUACCCGACUUUAGUUUUUAGAAUUAUUUUUUACGCUCAAAGUUACCUAAGCUAACGCUAUAUUCCCUAUACAGAUUUCAGAAACAGCAGCUCAACAAAUGUUUUGGUAGUCUGAUUUAGGAUAUUGUUGCUAUUUCACUCCUGUGAAACCUAACCUACAAAAGAACUUCCGCCCUACCUUUGGACGAAUUCAUUUUAACUCAAAUGUGAGUUUUCUUACAGAACAUUAAGAUCGCUUUAUUCCUUCAUAGUAUUCGAUUUGACUCCAUUAGCAAGCAUUCUUCGAUAGUUAUAGUAUUUGGUUAGAACUCAUUAUUAAUUAUCUAAAAAUGAACGAUUUUGUGUACCCCAAAUGUCAUGGUUUCUUAAUAUUGACGAAAAACGCUCAAAGAGCCAAGUACCAUUGUUACAUUCUAGAAAGAAAUAUGACUUUAUACGAAGCUUGUCUGCAACACAUUCUGAAAAACACAUCAAGGAAGAUGGACUGUGAACCGUUCCGGGAAGACAGGGUGCCGGACUUCGACAAGCACUGGCUCUACUUGAUUAUCCUCUUUAUCGUGUGCAUGAGUGGAAUCCUAAUGAAUCUCCUGGUUUUAAUAGUCAGUCUAAGUCCCAGUAUUUGGAAGAGUAAAGCGACCACUUUGGUGGCUAGUCUGGCGUCUGCUGAUCUGCUCCACAUGCUGGUCAACAUCCCCGCCAACAUGUACCUCCUUCUUAACUACGGGUGGGGACUGGGAGCACUCUUCUGCAAAGUAAAACAUUUCUUUCAGAUUACCGGUCGUAAUUGGCGCAUGAAGAACACAUUACGCGGCCAAGCUGUGGAGUUGUGA